AUGUCGAAAUCAGUUAGAUUCGCUGAUCAAGGUGUAAUAAAAGACUACGCGGAAUCUGUAGCCACGGAUAUACUUCAGGAAAGACAGAAACGGAAGUUCGAAAGUAGCAAAGCUGGGAAAGGAAAAGGGAAGAAGCGGCGUCGUUCUAGCACUGUCCAACACAUGGCAGGUAAAAAUGGUGCCAAAAUAGCGGGCUUUAACAAAGGCUUACUUUCAGAAUUCAUCAUCUUUCUACUACUACAGGGUUUUGACUUGAUCAGUAACAUUUGGGUCUUGAGCGAGUCAGUUGGAGUUCAAUCUAGAGCGAAAACGUACGAAGUUUACACAAACGUAACAUCACUAAACUAUUCCGUUCCAGAUUUUUGUGUCGAUGUACAAUGGUCAAAAGAAAAGAUGACACAGGAGAUUGACCAUUUCUCUUCGGUAAUUUACGUUUAUUCAUUUUUCCUUGCGGUUUCAGUGUGUAUCUUUACUUUGCACUUAUUGGCUUGGUUGUAUACCCUCCAGCGUUCACUUAGAAGUCGACGAUUUAACGCAGAUACCCAAGAAACUUUAAUCAGAAUGAAGGUGUAUUUUCUUAUCACCGCUAGCCUGCUGCAAGACAUUCCACUCUCUGCAAUCUCCGCUGAGCUGUUUUCUGUGCAGCAAGGUGGACAAGGCUUGAUAUGCUGGAGUUGUAAAGUGUCAGGGUCAUGCCAAGAUGUUAAGCAGCUGGAAGCUAGGCUAAACAGGAGUACCGUUGCUAUGUGGCUCAACUUGGCAGCCAUCGGUCUCACGUCUCUUUGGAAAGGCAUCUCAAGUUUCUAUCGAUGGAGUCGAGUGAAUUAUUGCGAGGCGUUCUAUUUCAGAGCUUGUACAGCCGUGUUUGCUGGUGGUCUUUUCUUCAUUGUCAUCCUAACACCAGCUAUGACAGUUCUCCAAUACCGCUAUUUUAUUAAACCAGACGUAAGUGGGGGAUUGCUGAAGGAUAUCAUCGAUCGCGUGUAUAUUAUCGGUGCGAUAUUUUGGGUCUUGGUUCUUGCUGUAAUUUUUUGCUGUCCUUUGCUGAAUUUAAUACGGGUGACGCAGUAA